UGUGAUCAUUAUAACCUGACAAAAACACUGGAGAAUCAUUUUAUGAAGUAUGCAAUGGAUUAGCCGAUAGCCAAUUUUGCUAUGAUUAAUUAUUUGCUAUAAGUAAGAACGAGUAUUAAUUAAUAUAGAUAUCAUGUUGGGUUUUUGGAAAUCAUCAGCAAGUACUGUUUGUACAGUCGUAAAAUCAUUAUUGAAUAAUAGUCUUAGUCCAUUUAAUCAACAAACACGAACAACAGUUAUCCUGAAAAGAAAGUUCCCAGUGUUGCUGCAUAAAAAAGGAAAGCAACCACACAAGAUGAAAAACAGACAAUUUAUUUAUGAGGUUGUUGAUAAUACAUCUCUGCACAGCCCAAAACCAAUAGAUAUUAUUUUAACUGAGUAUGUAGAAGGAUAUGGCGAGAAAGGAGAUAAAUUAAGUCUAAAACCCAACAAGGCUUAUAAUGAAUUUCUCUUACCUGGAUUAGCAAUUUAUGCGUCUCCAGAAAAUAUUGAGAAAUACUUAGUGACUAAAAAAACAACACAAAGUUAUAGCAGUCUUCAAGCUCCACUAACGAUUAAAGCAUUAGAGAAGUGUUGUGUAUUUGUUACUAUGUCGAUUGAAAAUCCUUGGGUUAUAGAGAAGUGGCACAUUAAAACCAGUAUGAUGCAUUCGGGAUUUGAAGCAACCAAUGAGUCUAUCACGUUGCCUGAAAAAGAAAUUAGUGGUCCUAAUCUGGAUUAUGAAGGCAAAGAAUUUUAUGUAACUGUUACAAUAAACAAGACAGAGCAGGUUAAAGUGCGCUGUAGAUUACGUCAUGUCUCGUUGGAUGUUUCUAAGCAAUUAGAGAAAGCACCAGAUUGGUGGAAAAUUCCAGCUAAAGCUAUUUUCCCAGAAGAUCAAGAAGUUCUUGAUUCAAUUCCAAGACCACAAUUUGAGCAAUCUGUUAAGAAAAGUUAAUUCAAUGAAAGUUUUUUAAAUUGUUUAGAUAAUAAAAGACAAAUAAAUGUUAUUUAAAU